GCUCAGCAACAGUGGGCAAGCGUGAAUCGCGGAAAAAAUAGCAGAACGGGCAAGCUCCUAUAAAAAACGAUGGCAUCUGAACGUUACAGCUUCUCUUUAACAACAUUCAGCCCUUCUGGAAAGUUAGUGCAGAUAGAGUAUGCACUGGCAGCUGUAGCUGCAGGAGCUCCUUCAGUUGGAAUUAAAGCGUCAAAUGGAGUCGUUCUGGCAACUGAGAAGAAACACAAAUCAGUUCUAUACGAAGAACAUAGCAUUCACAAGGUGGAGAUGGUGACAGAUCACAUCGGGAUGGUCUACAGCGGCAUGGGGCCCGAUUACCGGCUGCUGGUGCGGCGUGCUCGCAAGCUGGCACAGCAGUACUACCUGACCUACCACGAGACUAUUCCGACGGCACAGCUUGUACAACGGGUGGCUUAUAUUAUGCAGGAAUAUACGCAGUCUGGUGGUGUCCGACCAUUUGGAGUGUCGCUGCUCAUAGCCGGAUGGGAUGAGGGACGAGGCUACCUCUUUCAGUGUGACCCUUCCGGUGCAUAUUUUGCGUGGAAGGCAACGGCCAUGGGUAAGAACCACGUCAAUGGGAAGACUUUCCUGGAAAAAAGGUACACCGAGGAACUGGAACUUGAGGACGCUGUUCACACGGCCAUCUUAACGCUGAAAGAGGGCUUCGAAGGCCAGAUGACAGCUGACAACAUUGAGAUCGGCAUCUGCAACAAGGAAGGCUUCCGUCGCCUGAGCCCCAGUGAAGUCAAGGACUACCUGGCCAACAUCGCGUAAACUGUCACUCGUGAAAUAAAAUUGUUGCUAAUUUUGCUAAUGCGAA